GCGAGAGAGAGUCCCACAUCCAUACGCGGGCGGACCCGCCUAUAACCAACACCAACUACAGCCUUCCCUCCGUUUCUCCAUCCCUCUUCUAUCCCAACAUAAAAGACCGUCCUUUCUGUUAUAACCAUUCUCCCUUUCUAUCUCUAUAUCCGAGAGAGAGAGAGAGAAAAUGGGGACAUCCGCUUCGAAGAAUCCGGACAGCUCGCAGGAGAACGAGGACAGAGAAGAGAACCUGGACCAUGCAGGAGGUCAGCUCUACGUUUCCUUAAAGAUGGUGAAUUACAAACUCAAAGGGGAGCUCAUCCCUCACGUUUAUGGCUCCGUCCCUCUUGUCGGCUCCUGGGACCCAUCCAAAGCUCUUUCCAUGGAACGCGAGUCUACAUCAAUGUGGGAAUUAAGCUUCGUCGUUCCGCCCAAUCACGAAACUUUGGAUUUCAAGUUCCUUUUGAAGCCCAAGCACAACAAUGUGCCUUGCUUAGUUGAGGAAGGUCCGAAUCGUCAGCUCAUAGGAGGAACCUUGCAAGGGGAUGCCAGAAUGGCUUUGUUCAAGGUUAAUGGUGAGGACGUUCUCGAGUACUGCGUGUUUAUUAAGGCAGAUAGAGUCUCUCCUUUUGACCUUGCCGCUAGCUGGAGAGCUUACCAGGAGAAUCUUCAGCCUUCAACUGUGCGUGGAAUUCCUGACGUCAGCAUUAAUGCAGCGCCUGAGAUUGGUAAUGAGAAUGGUUCCUCUGCUAGUUUGGAGCUUGAUUUGGAACACUAUGUUGUUCCAGCACCAGCUGCUUCUGCAAACUCGGGCCAUGUUUAUGCAGCAAAUCUGACUGAGACUCCAAGAUCAAUAACUCAUGGUGGGGUCUUUUCUAAUUAUGAUGGACCAAAUAAGUCUGCUGUUGUUUCCGCUGAUCGAGCUUGGAUUAGAAAGGAUAUGGAGGUUGCAGUCCCAGAUCCUUCCAAAGUCUAUUCUACUUCUGGCAUGGUUGAGUCGAAAUCAGUGGGCACAUUCUCACCUUUUCAAAAGCAAGAUGGUCAAAGAGGACUCUUUGUCGAUAGGGGUGUUGGCUCUCCUAGGCUUGUUAAAUCAGCUAGUGCAAGUGCCUUCACUAACGAUCUUAAACUGGAUUCUGAAUCGAAGGCUAUGCCAGCAGCAGCUGGAGCUGUUGCAGCAGCUGCUGUAGCUGAUCAGAUGCUUGGACCAAAGGAAGACCAGCAUUUGGCAAUUGUUCUGGUUGGCUUGCCAGCUCGAGGCAAGACUUUUACUGCCGCUAAACUUACAAGAUAUCUCCGUUGGUUAGGUCAUGAAACCAAACAUUUCAAUGUUGGGAAGUACCGCCGUCUCAAGCAUGGAGUGAAUCAGACUGCUGAUUUUUUCCGAGCUGACAAUCCGGAAGGCAUGGAAGCACGCAAUGAGGUAGCAGCCCUGGCAAUGGAAGACAUGAUAUCAUGGAUGCAGGAAGGUGGCCAGGUUGGUAUAUUUGAUGCCACAAACAGCACCAGAAAACGUCGGACUAUGCUCAUGAAAAUGGCUGAAGGAAAAUGCAAGAUGAUAUUUUUGGAAACAGUGUGCAAUGAUGAGCGCAUUAUUGAGAAAAAUAUUCGUCUUAAGAUUCAACAGAGUCCAGACUAUGCAGAAGAGCCAGAUUUUCAAGCUGGACUACGAGAUUUCAAAGCACGCCUAGCCAAUUAUGAAAAGGUAUAUGAGCCAGUGCAAGAGGGAUCUUACAUCAAAAUGAUUGAUAUGGUUAGUGGACAAGGUGGGCAGAUACAAGUGAACAAUAUCAGUGGAUAUUUGCCUGGAAGGAUCGUCUUUUUUCUGGUGAAUGCUCAUCUUACACCCCGGCCAAUAUUGCUCACUCGGCAUGGAGAGAGUCGAGAUAAUGUUAGAGGAAGGAUUGGGGGUGAUACAGUUAUUAGUGAAGCAGGAGAACUGUAUGCAAAGAAACUUGCUAACUUCGUGGAAAAGCGAUUGAAAUCUGAGCGGACUGCCUCAAUAUGGACUAGCACGUUGCAAAGAACAAUUUUGACUGCAAGUCCAAUCAUUGGAUUCCCUAAGAUACAAUGGCGUGCACUUGAUGAAAUAAAUGCUGGAGUGUGUGAUGGAAUGACGUAUGAAGAGAUAAAGAAAAACAUGCCUGAAGAAUAUGAAUCGCGUAAGAAGGACAAGCUAAGGUAUCGGUAUCCUCGUGGGGAAUCAUAUCUUGAUGUUAUUCAAAGGCUAGAGCCUGUAAUCAUUGAGCUCGAGCGACAGCGUGCACCUGUUGUAGUGAUUUCUCACCAGGCUGUAUUGAGAGCAUUGUAUGCAUAUUUUGCAGACAGGCCUUUGAAGGAAAUUCCCCAUAUUGAGGUACCUCUUCAUACAAUAAUUGAGAUACAGAUGGGGGUUACUGGAGUCCAAGAGAAAAGGUACAAACUCAUGGACUGAGUUUCGCCGCCAGUGAGCUCCUGUAACACAAGAUAACCCAAGUCCUAUGAAAUAUGAAGGGCCAUAAUGUUACAUGUCUACCUUAAAUAUUUAUUAAUUGGCUAGAGGAUGUAGAAAUGCAUCCCUCACUGUUUUUUUUUUUUUUUUUUUUUUUGGGUAAUUGGCAAACAUAAUUUAUGGCCUCAUAUGUUGGAGCAAUCCAACAGUUACUGAAAGGCUUAUGGUUCCUUGCUUAAAUCUCUUGAGCAACCAAUAAAAAACAAUUGGUGGGCACAGAUAUCUUCUA